AUGGGCAACCAGGUGGAGAAACUGACCCACCUAAGUUACAAGGAAGUUCCCACGGCCGACCCGACUGGCGUGGACCGGGACGACGGGCCCCGCAUCGGUGUCUCCUACAUCUUCUCCAAUGACGACGAGGACGUGGAGCCGCAGCCGCCGCCCCAGGGGCCGGAUGGCGGCGGCGUGCCCGACGGCGGGGACGGCCAGCCGCUGCCCCCGCCGCAGCCCUACGACCCGCGGCUACACGAGGUGGAGUGCUCCGUGUUCUACCGCGACGAGUGCAUCUACCAGAAGAGCUUCGCACCGGGCUCGGCAGCGCUGAGCACCUACACGCCGGAGAACCUGCUCAACAAGUGCAAGCCUGGCGACCUGGUAGAGUUCGUGUCGCAGGCGCAGUACCCGCACUGGGCUGUGUACGUGGGCAACUUCCAGGUGGUGCAUCUGCACCGGCUGGAGGUGAGCAACAGCUUCCUGACCGACGCGAGUCAGGGCCGUCGCGGCCGCGUGGUCAACGAUCUGUACCGUUACAAGCCGCUGAGCCCCAGCGCCGUGGUGCGCAACGCGCUGGCGCACGUGGGCGCCAAGGAGCGCGAGCUGAGCUGGCGCAACUCGGAGAGCUUCGCCGCCUGGUGCCGCUACGGCAAGCGUGAGUUCAAGAUUGGCGGCGAGCUGCGCAUCGGCAAGCAGCCCUACCGGCUACAGAUUCAGCUCUCGGCGCAGCGCAGCCACACGCUUGAGUUCCAAAGCCUGGAGGACCUGAUCAUGGAGAAGCGGCGCAACGACCAGAUCGGGCGCGCGGCUGUGCUGCAGGAGCUGGCCAUGCACCUGCACCCGGCUGAGCCGGACCAGGGCGACAGCAACGUGGCGCGGACUACGCCGCCUCCCGGGCGCCCCCCUGUGCCUGGCGCGGAGGAGGAGGACCGAGAGACGGUGGCGCACUAA